UUGUGCCUGCGUGGAUUCUGUUAGCGCUCCUGUUCCUGUGCCAUAGUGAACUUGCUUCUCGAUCGCGAGCCAGAGAUGCUGGAGCACCAGCGGUAUUGGGUCCCCACCACCACUGUCUGACCAUGCCGCCUGCUGCCCUCGUUGCAUCCAAAGCUGCCUCUGUGCCCUUCGCGUCCUCUUCCGCAUCGCCUUCCGCUUCAUCCCCGUCAUCGUCAACUCGCAUUCUAGCGUCUUCGGCAUCGUUCGUCUGCCUGCCUUCGACCAGCACCAGCCCCUUAGCCGUUGCUCCUAGUCUAUCCCGGGUGCAUCCGCUCCCUCAUCCCACUGCCCUUACCCGAACCCGCCGAAGGCUCUGCGAGUCGGAGAUUAAUCUUCCUGACCGCGCUUCGCAUAGUCAGUCGGUACAUCGGAGCCCAUUCCUAAGGCCACCGCCGUCACUUACCUCGCUUCAGUCUCGGCAUUUAAUAUCCAAAUCGUGGACUCGUUCCCAGGCCCAGAUUCCACCGACUAGCUGCCAGUCCGACCCCCCCAGAUCACAUAGUAAGUCCAGAUCCGGCGGCCGAUCAAUCCAGCACAGCACAUCGCCUACUAAAGUCAGUAGUACAGAGCACGCAGCCGCGAUGCACGGAGCAGCAGCGGGUGCCGCUCAGCCGUCCGCCGCUACCGCCGCUUCCGCCUCUCUGUCCGCGCUAUCAUCUGGUGGAAGCGCGCACGCCGCUGCGCAGUCUUCUGCCGGAUUGGCCGCCGCGGAAUCCGGUGGCGCUGCGGACGUCCCGAUUGCAGCAUCGGCGGCGCACGGCGGCGCGACGGCGACGGCAACGGCCGGCACGGCAGGCGAGGCGGCGGCGGCGGGAACCGGCAGCAGCGCGGUUGUUGCGGCGUUUCUCGCGGGGCUGAUGCCGAAAGAGGAGAUCGGCGCGCAGCGCUUCCUGCAGUCGCACCCUCAUGCUGACGGGCGCGGGGUGGUCGUGGCUAUUUUCGACUCGGGAGUGGACCCUGGAGCAUCGGGGCUGCAGGUCACGUCGGAUGCCAAGCCAAAGAUCCUCGAUGUUGUCGACUGCACGGGCAGUGGCGAUGUGGACAUGAGCACUGUGGUCAAGGCGGACAAAGACGGCUACAUCACAGCAGCUUCAGGAGCGCGGGUGCAGGUGAACGGGGCAUGGAGCAACCCGUCGGGGGAGUGGCGUGUGGGCAGCAAGCCGCUGUUCCACGUGCUCAAUGAGUCCGUGCUGGACCGGGUCAAGAAGGACCGCCGCAAGAAGUGGGACGCAAAGCAGCAGGCACUGGUCACCCAGGCUCUGCGCCAGAUGGCGGAGUUUGAUUCGAAGUCAUCCAAUGCCAAGGACGAAGCAGGCAAGAAGGAGAAGGAGGAGCUCCAAGCACGACUGGACUUGUUGCAGUCCAUGCAAGACUCGUACGAGGACAUGGGUCCACUGAUAGACGCAGUGGUGUGGCAUGACGGCAACACAUGGCGCGCAGCUCUCGAUACCACCGACCUCUAUGCCGACGCCAAUGGUCACACCGCUGCUGAUGCCGAUGCUGCUGCUGGCGUUACCGGUGCUGUUGGGAAGGAGGAAGCGGGGGCUAAGCCUGCUGCUGUGCCUGGUCGCUUGGCUGAUUUCACCCCAAUGACCAACUACAGGUUGGAGCGGCAGCAUGCGAUGUUCAGUCCCAUGGAUGCGUGUGGGUUCGCAGUGAACAUCUACGACGAGGGCCGUGUGCUCUCCAUUGUCACCGACGCCAGUGCCCAUGGCACGCACGUCGCUGGCAUUGUCGCUGCGUGCCACCCUGAGGCGCCUGAGCUGAACGGCAUAGCGCCUGGUGCGCAGCUGGUGUCGUGCAAGGUGGGGGACACCCGCCUGGGGUCCAUGGAGACCCCGCAGGGGCUCAUCCGCGCUCUCAUUGUCGCACAGCAGAACAAGUGCGAUGUGAUCAACAUGAGCUAUGGCGAGCCGGUUGCUAUACCCAACUACGGCCGCUUCAUUGACAUUGCCAACCAGAUAGUGCACAAGUACGGCAUCACGUUUGUGAGCAGCGCGGGUAACGACGGGCCGGCACUGUCGACGGUGACAGCGCCAGGGGGAACCACAUCGUCCAUCAUUGGCAUCGGCGCGUAUGUGUCGCCCGCCCUCGCUGCCUCCUCGCACCUCACGCUGGAUGCGCUGCCGGACGGGCAGCAGUACACAUGGUCGAGCAGAGGUCCCACGCCAGACGGGCACGAGGGCGUGUGUGUGAGUGCCCCAGGGGGGGCCAUGUCACCUGUGCCGACGGCGCACCUGCAGUCGCGCAUGGUCAUGGCCGGCACCUCCAUGGCCUCGCCCAACGCUGCUGGGGGGGUGGCCCUCCUUGUCUCUGCGCUCAAGCAAGACCUGGGGGUGUCGAAGCCGGGCCCGCAUGCCAUACGGCGUGCGUUGGAGGUGACGGCCGCGGACCUGGCCGGGGAUAACCAUGCCAUGGCGCUCACACAUGGCCGCGGGCUUGUGCAGGUCGACAGGGCAUUCGAGUACCUGUGCCGUCACCCAGCGUCGUCCCUUGAACUCACAUCUGACAUUCGCUACUCUGUGCUCGUCAAAACAGCGUCGGGAGCAGGUGGUUCUCGGCGAGGCAUAUACAUCAGAGAGCCUGGUGAAAGCGAUGCUCCCUCAGAGUGGCAAGUGUUUGUGGACCCGUGGUUCCAUGAGGACGCGGACAACCUGACAGUGAAGGCGCAGUUUGAGCGCACACUCAAGCUCGUGCCCACUGCCGACUGGGUCAAGGCGCCCGACCUCCUGCUGCUUCCCAACAACGGCCGCAACUUCUAUGUGCGAGUGGACCCCUCGUCGCUCCCCGCCGGGCUGCACUACGCUGAGCUGCGCGCCAUAGACACGGCCAAUGAGUGGCAGGGGACGCUCUUCCGAGUGCCUAUCACUGUUGUCAAGCCCGUCGCGCUGCCAAACCCCGCUGUUCCCCACCGCUUCCCCUUCGGCAUGCUGCAACCAGGCGACGUGCACCGCACCUUCCUUGUCGUCCCCCAGGGAGCAGCGUGGGCGGAGAUCCACCUGCACAUCUCCUCCUUCACCGUCCCGCUCACCGUCGUCAUCCACACGCUGCAGCUUGUGCCCGCGCGCCGUCCCACGUACCGCCGCACGCGCGCCUUCUACCAGUUCUCUGCGCCUUCCUCCAAGACCAUGUCCUGCCUUGUUGAGGGGGGAGGGACGUUGGAGGUUUCUGUGGGGCUGAAUUGGUUCUGCGGCCGGGGGGCUGAGCCGCCCCCACAUGCUGAAUUGGAGGUGGAGUUCCACGGGUUGGCUCCGUUGCAUGGCGAUGUGACCAUCAACGGGGGCUCCAACGUGCAACGCAUCGACAUUGCUUCUGCGCCCUUCCGCAUGGAGCGAUUCACACCAUCCAUCUCGCUCAACCGACUGCGCUCGACGUACCGCCCGUCGGAGGCGCGAGUGGAGCCGCUGUCGUCCACGCGGGACGUGCUGCCCGAUGGCAGGCAGAUUCAGGCACUCAACCUCACCUACAAGUUAUCUAUAUCAGAGCCGGGCCGCUACACCCCUCGCUUCCCGCUGCUGAACCAGCGGCUGUACGACAGCGAGGUGGAGGGGCAGUUCUUCCAGCUCUUCGACUCGCACAGGCGCCUGCUGGCCUGCGAGGAUGCGUACCCCAAGCCCGUCAAGCUGCCCAAGGGCGAGCUGACGCUGAAGCUGCAGAUCCGCGGGGACAAGGUGGCGCGCCUGGAGAAGCUCAAGGCCAUGCCGCUGCUCAUGGACCGGACGCUGGAGGACAAGUCGGUCUUGAAGCUCAGUGUGUACAACACAGCAGAUAGUGCCAUCUUCGCGGGCACUGACACGGUCAAGAACGCCCUCAUGGGGCCCAAUGAGAAGCGAGCCUUCUUCAUAUCGGGCCCAGGUGACCUCCCAAAGGACGCGACACCUGGCACGCUGCUACUGGGCCGCAUGACUCUUGCCAAGACCGGAGGCCUGUUUGUCAGCGCAGACACCAACUCUGCUGCUCCGUGCCGCGUGCACGUCACCUAUGUGGUGCCGCCUCCAAGCAAGACUGACGAUAAGAAGACCUCGUCGUCCUCCUCCUCUGCUUCUCCCACUAAAACAGCCGCCGAAAGGCUCCACGAGGAGCUGCGGGAUGCGAAGGUGAAGGUGCUGGCAGCGGUGGCAGCGGAGGAGCGGGACCGGGCGAAGAGUGAAGGCGAGUUUGUGGGCAUGGCGCAGCAACUCAAGGCACGCUCCAACCACCUGAGGCGCCUCCUUGCCAUCCUCCUCCACCUCCUGCCGGAGGAGUACCCCGGGCACCUGCCUCUGCUGCUGGAAGUGCUUCGAUUCUACGAUGAUGCCAAGAUGCGACCCACCUCUCUGCUCAAGGUGGUGGAGGCAGCAGAUGCAGUGGUGGGCAGCAUUGACCGCACGGCUCUUGCAGUCUUCCUGGCGAUGAAGAGCGAACCAGAGGGCGCAGACGGACAGAAGGAGAAGAAGGAGAAGGAGGCGCAGAGGGAUGCGCUGAUAGAGGCCCUUCACAAGAAGGCGCUGGCUCUAGCUGACCUUCAGUCGCCCUUCACUGCUGCUCCUGCCACUCCAACAUCAGAGUCACCAGCAGCAGCAGCAGCAGCAGCAGCAGCAGCAGUAGCUGAAGCCCCCGCACUUGCCACCACAGAAGCAGUAUCAUCGCCUGCCGAUGCUCCCUUCGCCGCCGCUCCUUCUGCCGUUGACCCUGCACCCCCUACUUCUGCAGCAGAGGGAAUCGAACUAGAUGCAGCAGCGGCAUUCACUGAACUAGAGGCAGCUGCGGCAGCAGCAGCAGCAGCAGCAGCAGAGGCAUCACCAAGUGGAGCAGCAGCAGGCGCAGCAGCAGCGGCGGCUGCAGGUGGUGAUGGCAGUGCUUCUACGGGCGGUGGGGCGUCUACCAUUGGGGCGUCUACCAUUGGGGCGUCUACCAUUGGGGCGUGUACUGGUGGUGGUGGUGGUGGUGGGGGGGGGGAUGCGUUUGAGGAGACGUACCAGGAGUUGCGCAAGUGGGCGGAUGUGUCUCAGGCCAAGUACGGCAUGCUGGGGAUCAUGAGGGAGCGCCGCGCCAACCGCCCCGCACUCGCUCUCAAGAUCCUGAACAAGGUGUUGGAUGACGAUCCCAAGGCGGCGGACAAGAAGAUGCAGGAGCUCAAGGUGGCGCUGCUGCAGCAGCUGCAGUGGCCGCUGUGGGCCGUGCACGAGAAACGGUGGAACACUGCCCGCUUCCCCACGCACUGGGCUCCCUUCUGAGUGGGGGACGAGUGGGGGAAGCCUGGGUGACGGACGGACGGCUGUCCUUGUCCUUCUGAUUGGGGGGCGAGUGGGUGUGCCAAAAACAAGGGGGGUAUAACUUCUGACGAUUAGUUCCCCUCAUGCAGCGCUCUUUGCAUCGUUGGCAUGGGGUGUGGGUAGGGGAGGCAUUCUCCCAUACACAGGAGGAAAUUCUGGCAUUCUGGCUCUUGACAUUGCCCGUAGCUUGUGGCCGAUUACUAGGCUGAAAUGGAACUUGCUCUGUGUGAACCCUUCGGGACCAGGAGUGCGUCUAUUUCUGGCCUGUGUGCACACGGCCCUAGUAUGGGUGUUUUAUGGGGAGUUAUGGUUUUUGCAUCACUGUCAAUGUCUGAACUAAUCAGUGCCACGAAUA